AUGAAGUCAAUUGCCUUGGUCCUUCCCCUCCUUGUUGCCACGGCCGUUGUUGCCGAGAGUGACUGUCCGGCAAAGGAAUUCCCUCCGAGUGCUUCCCUUGGAACUUACAGCGGAAAUCCCCAUUGUCACUCGGGUGGAAACGGGGAACCCUUUGGAUUUGAUUUUGGAUACAAGAUUGAUAAUGGUUGCCAGCCUGGUACCUACACGCUUAGUACUGGCGGAUCAAGGGCUGGGUCUUGUCCAAUUGCAGAGCAGAUCACUGUCACUAUAGCAUGUAAUGAUGACAAGUCGGCCACUAUUUCAUGGAGUGGCGAGGGUGAUUCUGUUUUGGCCAUCAAGGUCAAGGGCUCCAAUGGUGGAACGCUCUAUGAUGAUGGCAACAAUGGAGGCAACUUUAUUGCUGGUCGCAAUAAUGGUGGCCAAAUUGCAGACAUUAGCCACAUUGAAAUCUGUGCCAACUUCCUCCAUAUUCGCAAGAGGGUCAACGUUGCAUCUCUUGGUGGCUACCCAAUCUACCAUGUGGUAGUUGACAACCAGAAGAAAAAGCACAUCUUUGAUGUUGUGCUCAAUGAGUAUUUGAAUAUUACAGUUUCUUCCAUGAAGCAACUUGUCAAUGUCAAGGUUAACCAUGCUGAUGAAUACUACUUCAAGGAAGUUACUGGACUCAUGGGAAACUUGCAGGGACGAAUGUUGGCACGGGAUGGUAUGACGAGCCUGCAUGAUGAUCCUAUUGAGAUGGGACUGGAGUGGCAGGUUCACGAGGAUGAAGCAAUGCUCUUUCAAACUGCACGUUACCCACAAUUCCCACAAAAGUGUAUCCUUCCUGAGAUAACUCAAGAGAAAGAAGCCCGUCGUCUUGGAGAGGGUGUCACUGAACAAGAAGCUGAGAUUGCCUGUGCUCACCUGCAGCAGGAUGCCAGGGCUUUUGCCAACUGUGUGUACGAUGUUACUGCAACCAAUGAUCUUGAGCUUGCUCAAGCUGGAGUGUUUUAA